UAGCUUGCGUUACGUCGACGUUGAACCAUAUGUCGGCCUUAAGGUGGCGGGACGAGUGGCUGAGGACUUCAUCGGAGGAUGGUCUUGUGGUUCCUCGAUCCUCUCUCCUCGGUCCUCCUGCACAAAUACGCUUCAUGGGACACUCCUCAAGGUGGCGCACACAAAUCAACUCCGGUGAGACCGAGAACAGAGGAAAUGACAAAUAAGGUAAGUGAAAAGUACCGCCACUUUUCGUUUUCUUUGACACAAGCCAAGUUCAAAUCCAAGACGUUAGGAAAAGGAAAAACGCCAUAUUUCUCAAGGAAAACCUCGACCCAUGCUGUGUGGCUGUCUGUUCAACGUUUCUGUUUUUCGAAAGAAGAUCCCCUUAUAUUUGUUAAAUUUGUGCUGGACACAUCACAUUGAAGAUGGGUCCCAAGAAGUUGAAGCCCACAAAUCAUGGACCGAUGGACAAAUUUUUCAAGACACACAACCAGAAUGGGAGACGCAAUCCACUUCCCAAUUUACAACCUGCUGCAGAGACAUACAACCAGAGUGGGGGAAGCAGCCAACCUGCUGAUGUUCAACCUGCUGAUGUACAACCUGCUGCAGAGACAUACAACCAGAGUGGGGGAAGCAGCCAACCUGCUGAUGUACAACCUGCUGCAGAGACAUACAACCAGAGUGGGGGAAGCAGCCAACCUGCUGAUGUACAACCUGCUGAUGUACAACCUGCUGAUUUACAACCUGCUGCAGAGACAGACAACCAGAGUGGGGGAAGCAGCCAACCCUCUGAUGUACAACCUGCUGCAGAGACAGACAACCAGAAUGGGGGAAGCAGCCAACCUGCUGAUUUACAACCUGCUGCACAGACAGACAACCAGAGUGGGGGAAGCAGCCAACCCUCUGAUGUACAACCGGAUGCAGAGGAAGAUGAGCCACAUGGAACCCAUUCUUUCGAGUGGUGCUCGAGUGACAAGAAACCAAUAACAUUCACCUGCAAUAAAGCAGGUUCUGUCGAGGCUGUGCUCAAGAGUCCACAAUUUAAAGAAGUUGCAGGAAAGAACCUAAACAAGGAGCUGGUUAUUAUGAAAGAUGGAAAAGCCAUCAGUUCCCACUUCCCAUGCUGCUUAAUUAACAAUGAACGCCUGACUGUCAGGUAUGUUAAAGCUGUUGCCAAUGCAAAGCAACCGGUUAAUUGCUCUGUUCAUCGCAAAAGAAAGAGGCCGUCUGGCAAGCUUGUGAUGUUUCAUGUACUGACUAAGGGCGGUAAAAAGGUGGUUAAUAUCAUGAAAAACCCAAUGCUAAAAAAGGAUAUCCAGGAAAUAACUGUUUAUGCGUACAAAAAUGAAUAUGUGAAGCAUGCUCUGAGAAGAGAUGGUCGUUUUCUGCCUAUUGUGUUCAUAAGGAACUGUGUGCUCUCUCACACAAGCUCUGAAGUAAUCACUGAAAUGUCCAACCUGGUGGAUGAUCUUGAUGGUAAAACUUAUAAGAUCAUACUCUACAAUAAGGACAGGCCCCCAGAAAGUCAGAAUGGCAGUCUUGAGCCUGAAUACAUGCCAAAUGAAUCUCAGGAAGGUGAUCCCGUUGGAGAGCAAGAUCCUCCAAAGCUAAAUGGUAACAUGGCACCAAGAAGCAUGUUACAUGAGAUACCUGGUUCAAAGGAUAAACAGGGUCAGCUAUUUUCAGAGUUCCAAAAUCUGGUGAACAACAGGAAAACUGAGCAGGCAAGUAAGCUCUCUCGGAUCCAGACACUCUUCCGUGUAGAUUACGGAAAGAACUUUCAGACAUGUAACGAAGUGAAAACAAUGAAGAAACUGAUGGAUCUAAGUGAUUCGGUUUGCAAUGUGAGAAUAAAAGGUAGACCAGAGGGAAGUGGCUUCCUCCUGUUUGGCAAGUAUGUCCUCACAAAUGGCCAUAUAAUUCAAAACAUUUAUGAUGAGAGUACAAGGCAGCUGAGCGAGAAAGUCACUGUUCAUUUCUCUUAUGAAAGUCUUGACCAUAAUGACCCAGGUGCAGCAGUGGAGGAUGUUGUUGGCUUUGAGUUAUGUGGUGAUGUUUCAGGGCAUUCUUAUGACUGGGCUUUGUUGAGGCUCUUUGCUGAUCAGGAACUGCCUGAUGCUCUGUUAAAACACUUCAGUUUCCUUCCCCGAAAGGGUGGAAUCUGCAUCAUUGGGCAUCCUGAGGGAGGUGUGAAAAAGAUAGAUCCAUGCUUCAUUAUUCCAACGGAAGGCCAGAAUCAGGUUGUGGAGAAGCAUCAACAAGAUAACCCAGAGGGCGUUAUUACAGAACACAGUCAUUACAAUCAAGGGCACAUUCAGUUGGUUACUCACCAGUUCUUUGAGAGUGUGGCAGAAUCUCUCAAACGCCAGAGACACACUCUACUAUACGAGUCUUGUUUUUAUUUUGGCUCAUCUGGCUCUCCUGUCUUUGACGAACACUGCAAUGUUGUUGCAAUGCAUUCAGGCGGGUAUGCCUACCACAAUACAAAGAAAGAAAUCCAGAGCGUCAUAGAGUUUGGCUAUCCUUUGUCCGAUAUUAUGGAACGCAUUGUUAUCCAGAUGGUGGAAAGCGCCAAGUUUGAUGUUUUGAAGGAAUACCUGGAUUGUGAAUAUGCACAUCAGCAAACAGUGAUGAGCAAGUUGAAGAACCUGGUUGAGGGCAGAAAUAUGAUGGCAUUUAAAAACAGAGUCAACAGUUCACUGUCCUGUAAUGACGAGAGUUUGAGGAAUUUCUUUGAGUUCUUCACACAGAGAGAGGAACCUGUCCCAAUGGACAUUGGAAAUUGAUUGAGCGACACAGAAAGUAACCCAGCUGACAUAAGAUACAGUGCAAACAGUUUAAGCUGUGUGCAAAACAAGUAUCUGUUUUGAUUUUUUAAGGAGACCUCAAACAACUUGCUGUAUAUAUUCCCUCAGGCAAGCAGGUUAUGUUUUGUGUUAUUGUUUGUUUGUGUUUGAGAAGGAUUAUGUAAAAGGUACAUUAAAAAAUCAUGGAAGAAACCCAUUGAAAUUUCGAGUGAAUAUAAAUCACUGUGGGAUAUUCACAUGUUUUUACGGACUUGGCAGACAUUUGUGCUUUCUUAACUGCCCAUAUAUAUAUAUUUUUUUUAAAGAUUUGUUUUGGCAACCUGCGCCUUUUAAUAUAAUGCAGUUGAGAAGUAGGGAGACAGAGUGGAAGACGCGCGGCAAAGGGACCACCGCAUGGGUCAAACCCCAGUAUAUGGCCGCCAGCUCUACCCACUGAGCUAUACGACCCUGCCCAUAUAUUUGACACUUAACAUUUUACAUUUACAUUAUACUGAUUUAAUAUUCCAUUUCAUUGCCUUAUUUGUACAUUCGUAUAUUUCUCAUUUUUAUUUUUUAGUUCUAAUUAUGUGUUAUUUGUUCUUUUUGUAUUUGGCUGCUGCAACAAAAUAAAUAAAGGGAUUCUGAUUGAG